AUGGUGGUGAAUACUCCUCCCCCACAAUGCAUCCCCUCGACAGCAGCGGAAAACGUCGACCUGACGACGAACUUAGUGGUUCAAGGGAGGAAAAAUAGGAGGAGAAAGCCGAGGGUUUGCAAGAACAAAGAAGAGGUCGAGACUCAAAGAAUGACUCACAUUGCAGUUGAGAGAAACAGGAGGAAGCAAAUGAAUGAACAUCUGGCUGUUGAAGCAAAAAAGGCUGUUCCUAGGGAUGAUCAGAACAUUAUAAACAGGAAAAUGAGAGGCAUCAGUGGUUCUCCUGUUCCUGGAAGCAUGAAAAAGAUUUUUGUCGGAGGUUUAGCCUCAUCGGUCACCGAGAGUGACUUUAAGAACUAUUUUGAUCAUUUUGGUACAAUUACUGAUGUUGUGGUGAUGUAUGAUCAUAACACGCAAAGUUCAAGAGGGAAGCCAUUUGUAGCUCCUAAUAAGCAAAUACAUUCAUUGUAG